AUGGCUGGUGCUCAACUUCGAAUGUAUUCGGCAAAACGUUCUAUUUUUGAGGAAGGGCCACGCCCACCGCUACUUUCAAGAGAAGAACAAAAGGAAUUUGAAGAUUCUGUAAAGAAGGCCAAAAUCCAAAUGACUAUAGAAGAAUACAACGAAAAAGUUGGAGUGAAGCCAUCUGAGACGUCAAAAAGCGACCCAAACUUGGAUGCUACUGGGCCGAUGACUACCAAAACUAUACCAGAAUUCGAGGGUAAUGUUAAUCCUAAGACAGGGGAGGUAGGCGGUCCAAAGCAAGAUCCGACAAGACAUGGUGACUGGAGUUUUAAUGGAAGGGUUACGGAUUUUUAA